GAUUGUUAUUAGAUAAUAAAUCCUGCACAGCAUAGUUAGGUGGCAACUGGUGACAUUUCUUCGAAUUGACUCUAGCGAGCUAUUGUCUUGAACUAUAGCACAUCAAACAAUCGUUACUAAUGUAAUAUGAACUAAACUGUACCUUACUCUCUGCAGCAGUGACUUGAUUAUGAACACGUUUUUAAUGCUUUUGUACUCGAGUAAAGCUCUUCUUGGAAAAAGAAAUUUUAUUUUGUGAUGUUCUCUAACACUACCAUUUUUAUAUCAUUUUUUAUCGGUACCGGCAAAACCUAUUGGUCAGGUGUUACUGUUUUCCAAAUGUUAAUGUUUUCAUGUUCAUCAUUAUGUGUAUUAAUCACAGCUUGUACUCCUACAGCAAUUGAUAAUCUUCUAUUAUCAAUUAAUUAUUUGAAAAAUCUAUUUUCUUCAUCACCACAAUUUCCUCAAUGGUAUCAAUUAGCUUAAGAAUUAGCUGUAUUAAAAAUAGAAUCAAAUAAUUAUCGUAAUAUUUCAUCUUCAUAUGGUAAACGUCAUCUAGUUGUUGGUUCAACAGUAUGGACAUUACAAAAACUUGAUCGUUCAAUUGUUUUUGAUGUUAUAUUUAUUGAUGAAGCAACACAAUUAUUAACUAGUCAUGCUGUAUUAGCUAUUAAUCGUUUAGCUGAUCAUCAAGAAUCACGAAUGAUUGUUGCAGGUGAUUCAUUACAAUUACCAUCUGUUAAACGUUGUACUUAUCCACCUUUACCUCAUCCUGUACCUGAUUUAUUUUCAUCGGUUUUUCAUUGUUUAUUGCAUGAUGAAAAUAAUUUUCCAAUAUCAUUACAUACUGAAAACUAUUCGAACAAAUCUCACAUUGUCCAUAUUUAUCUAUUUUUAAAGAAAAUCAUCGUAAGUAUGAAUGAUCAAUUAUCGGAUUUUACUCGUCUUUUAUACGGUGAAAAUUAUCGUCAUGGUCGUUCAAGACCUGCAUUGUCUAUUAGUGCUAUUAGGGAUUCAAAUACAUAUCUUCUUGGUUCACUUCUUGUUGAUUCAUCAUCAUUUUCAACUCGCAGUGAAGAUCUUGAUCUUGAAUCACACCUAGUUCAUUCUCUUAUUAAUGAACUUGUUUUACGUAUAUCACUUUCAUCAAUAUUUAUUAUAAUGCCGCAUCGAAUACAACGUUCUGCUAUUCAACAAAAACUUAAGAAUAAUCUAUUUUCAAAUGUUCAAAUAACAUGUGAUGCAGUCGAAAGAAUGCAAGGCAAAGAAGCUCAAUGUGUUAUACUUUGUAUGUUAUAUAGACAAGGUAAAACACUUGAAAAUGAAUUAGAUUUUAUUUAUAAUCGACAAAGGAUUAAUGUUAGUAUAACACGUGUACAGCAAUUAUUUAUUCUUAUAAAAUCUCAGUUAUUAUUUAAUCAGCCGCCAUUAGAAUUAUUUGUUAAUGGUAAUGCAAGAAAUGCUUAUACUUUAUUAUGUAAUUAUAUUAAUAAAUCUAUUAUACAAUUAUUAGAUAAACAUGUUGUUACUAAACGAAAAGUUGUUUUUUCUUUAAUUGUUAAAUAUAUUGGGUCUACCAUUGAUAAAGAUGAAAUUACUAAUGAAUCAAGAUUAGGUAAUUUAUAA